AUUCAAAUUACUCAAUUACUUUCUUCUUCUUCUGUAGAGCCAAUAGUAGCAGUUGCGGUGAGCCACACGGGUAGACUACCAAUCCUUCAUUACCAGUUCAUUCUGGACUGUGAAGUGACUGGAACUGUUGCCAGCAUUUGGUGGUGGAAGAAUGGUGAACCUAUCACUGCUGACAAUACAACAUUAAUUGACCAGGACAACAGGACACUGACUCUCAACCCAGUCCAACUUUCAGAUACUGGAGAUUAUCAGUGUCAGGCUUUAAAUGCUGUGAGCAACAUGACCAGCAGCCCCUACACCGUUAGAGUGAACUAUGGCCCAAUGAAACCAGUGAUUGUGGGGCCAUCCAUGGCUCUGAUGGGAACACUGCAAACCCUCAACUGCUCAAGCGCAUCUUAUCCUCCCAGCCACAUCAGCUGGCACUUCAACAAUACCCAGCUGGCUACCACCUCAGAGUUAACGAUUGGGCCGCUAACCCUUAAUAUGAGCGGGAUAUACACCUGCAUGGCCGUCAACAACAUCACCUCCAACAACAGCACUGCCUACAUGAUGCUCUCUGUUUUGACUCCAGUGACCAUGGCGUUAGUAAAGAUUGUCAGAGCUCAGCCAAUCCAGAACCACACUUUGACUCUGACCUGUGAGACAGCUGGAAGUGUGGACCGGAUCAUCUGGAUGUAUAAUUCAUCCCCACUGUAUCCUGACAGCACAAGACACUUCUCAAUGGAUAACGCCACCCUCACCUUCAAUCCUGUCAUGAAAUCUGACGAUGGGAACUAUCAGUGCGUAGCUUCCAACCCGUUCAGCAGAUUAUCCAGUCAAAACUUCACACUGGAGGUUUUUUAUGGACCACAGAUGCCAACUAUCAUGGGUCCAAAUGUGGUAAAGACAGGAGACAACGUCACACUCAGCUGCUACGCAUCAUCAAACCCUCCCAGCUCCUACAAAUGGUUUUUCAAUGAUACUCUGAUGGCCAAUACGUCUGAGUAUACCACACCUCCUGUUACCAAAGACAUGAGUGGGAUGUACACCUGCGUGGCCUACAACAACAUCACCCAUAAAACCAGCACUGCAUACACAAAGCUCACUGUUUUUGAUGGAUUUGAACAUGUGCAAGUAGAACCACCCAUGGAUCCUGCCAUAGAAGGUGACUUUUAUCAGCUAACAUGCAAUGUGACUGGACCUGUUGGGCAUGUUUACUGGAUGAAAAAUGGUGAGCCACUGCAUGAAGACAACAGAACUGUUUUCCACAUGGAAAACAAGAUGGUCACCUUCAACCCAGUGGAACAAAAUGACACUGGAGACUACCAGUGUGUGGCUACCAAUGCGGUUUGGAACAUGACCAGCCCUCCAUACAGGCUCCUUGUGAACUAUGGACCAGAAAAACCUAUGAUUUAUGGGCCAGCUUUUGGUGAGACAGGACAUAACGUGACCUUUUCCUGUUCUGCCAUGUCAGUGCCUCCCUGUGAGUUCAGUUGGUUGUUCAAUGGCUCCAGCGUGGGCAAUAAUUCAGAGUAUACUACUGAGCGUUUGUCUUUUAAUAUGAGUGGAGAGUACACCUGCGUGGCCUCCAACAACGUGACGAAACAGAUCAGCAAUAUCACCAAGAUGCUCACAGUCAUUGAGGCAAUUGAGUCAGUGAUGAUCAAAAACAACACAGUCCCAAUAAACUCGGAGAACUUCACUCUCACCUGUGACGUUGUUGGGCCCUAUGAUGCGAUCUACUGGAUGAAGGACAACAAGUACCUCGCCAUGACAAACUCCAGCUCACAAUCAAAGAUGUCCUACCACGCUAUAAACAACACACUGCACUUCACCCCAGUGACAAUGGACAAUGAUGGGGUAUAUCACUGUGUCGCUGUCAAUCAGGCUGGUCCACAUAGAAGCCCCAAAUACAACCUCUUGGUGAACUAUGGCCCUCUGCAUUUGAAAAUCUCUGGUCCAUUCAUAACAGGAAUUAAAAACUACGUGACCAUGGUGUGCUCCGCUGAUUCUCGGCCCGAUUGUAAAUACCAAUGGUUCUUCAAAACUCAGUCAUCAGUGGUUGUAGCGGCUGGCCCUGUUAUCACUUUCCCUUCGAAGAAAGAGAAUGAGGGAAUGUACAUAUGUAAGGCGAGGAACCCUGUGACCAAUAUCACACUGUACGAGACUCAAACCUUCACUUUCUCAGCCUCCGCCCUCCACCUCCCAUCCCGAGGCGGUCUGAUGUUGAUGGGUGUGUUUGCUUUGUCUGUCUCCAGGCUGUUCAGCUGAACAGUCAGACUGAAAGACGUCUUGCUCCCUCUGCGGUCUGAGCAGUCUUACUGUAAAAUGAGUGUGAAGGUAUUGUACGGUCUAUAAUCUGAUGCUAUAUUAUCAGUCCUUGUGGGUUUUGCCGGAGAGGUAAAGAGGAAUGUGAAAGUAUGACAGACUUUGAUUUAAGUUACAGGGUUUUUUUUUGCUGUUGGAUACUUUCUUUUGUCCGUUUUAUUUUCAUUAUCAAACAGAAUAUUAACAUUUACAGACACUGACAGGGAAUUAAAUCACCUUAUUAUUGCAUUGCCCGUUUUUUUAGGUGACAUGUUUUCAAUAUUAGCAAGUGAAAGUAGUUGUAUUAGUGUUAUUGUGUUGACUGUUGCUUUAACUGUAACUGCCUCUGAGGUAGUUUAAUACAAGUAAUUCAAUACUUUGUAUAAACAAUUUACUCCUCUAAAAUACCUGCACACUCUUCUGGUACCAGCUGCAACUCUUCACUGUAAACACCUGCAGUUUUUCUGUCAUGUGUUAUAUCAUUACAACUGUAAGUAGAUGUACAUCUCAUCAUGCUGUAAUUCAUGGCAUUUAUUUUUUAAUUAAUAAAUAAUCAACACAA